AUGGCGGGUAGAGGUCGUAAACGUCACAACAGAAAGCCAAACGACGUCGGAGAUGCGAGAAUGGGUUCGGUUAAUCAGCAACAACUAAUUAAUCAAAGUAAUAGUCAAAGUAGUAACACUGGUAACAAUGCUAGUAACAGUAAUAUUACUAGUAAUAAAAAUACUGCUGAUACAAAAACUAAUGACACGUCAAGAAGUCAUAUUAAUGGUGUAUUAAUCAACGAUGGUGAGAUGCCUGGAAGCUCGAGGAUGAAUAAUAGAGAUCGUGACGGUAAAUCGAGUGGAGUGAUACAGCAGAUGUCAACGUUGUGGGUGUUUUUCGUUGUA